GAGGCGGAAACUCACUCUCUCGUCCCGGGUAUCAUGGCCACGUGGCCGCGUCUGUACGGCAGGGACACACCAUGGGCCAGGGCAACCGGGAGCGCGGCUGUCUUCUGGAGGGCAGCUCUGGUCCCUCCCUGGUCCUCACUGCGGAGGAAGUCACCUCGGAGGAGACCCGGACGGAUGUGGCGGUGGCCCGGGCCCUGAAACAACAACGGAGACCGCAAGCGGAUGCUGCAGCUGCGGCGGGGGGUGGAAGCGGUAGUGCGAAGCUGCUGCGGUUCUGGGGCCACACCAUGUACCAUAUUGACGACCUGACUCAGCCACCAGAGGGCGGCGGCAAGGCUGCCUUUGCACCGGGCAUGAAGGACAUGCCCGAUGUGUUCACUCCCUUCCGUGAAAAGGUGGAGAAGCGCUGCCCGGUACGGAAAGACCUGCCGCCGCCGCAGAAGGGCGACCUGCCGCAGCCCCCGACGGAAGCACUCCCCGCCGCCGCGGCGGCGGCCCUGGCGGCGGCCCCGCCCACGUGGGAGCAACUGCCGUACCCGCCAGCGGCGAGGCCUCCGCCGCCCACCAAGCAACCCAAAGCGGUGCUGGACUUCAAGGCCAUAGCGACCCCGUGCCUCCAUCUGGGGACUGUUCGGUACCUGAAGGGCGGCGAGACGGCGGCUCUGGCCCGGCUGCGCUACUAUCUGUGGGACAGCGACCUGAUCGCCUCCUACUUCGACACUCGCAACGGCAUGUUGGGGGGAGACUACUCCACCAAGUUCGCCCCCUGGCUCGCGGCGGGAUGUGGCGGCGGCGGCGGUGGUGGCGGCGGGUACCGCAAGUCUGAGUUCGAGCGUUACAAGUGA